AUGGAAAAAGACGAAGGGGGUGGGGAUCAAAGCGACAAGAACAGCGGGGCAGAGGAACGUGUGGAGGAGAAUGAUGGGAAGCCAAAAAAGAACUACGAUAAAAUGGUGGAGGAAAUAAAAAAUGAAAACAGCAAGUGCUUUAUUUCAAAAAUUAGUGAGCCGUUAUUAAAAAAAAAGUACUAUAAAUAUUUUUUGAAAAUAUUGGAUUAUGCAUGCUAUGCUAAAGCAAGUGCAACACAAAUAAUAAAAACGAACGAAAGCAUAGAUCAACAACAGAAAAAAAUUUUAAAAACCAAAUUUGUCAUAAUUGGAUUAACGCAAGUUAUCAAAGCUAUAAGAAAGGGAACCCAAGGCAUUGUCAUUCUAGCAAUAGAUAUAUUUCCUAUUGAUAUAAUAUGCCACGUCCCAGUUUUUUGUGAAGAACAUAGAAUUCCAUACACUUUUGUCACAACUAAAAAUAAAUUGGCGCGUUUGUGCAAAUUGAAAAGAUCAAUUACUUGCUUAUUUUUGCCUAAGCCAAACAAUGACAUUACUAAUUUUGAGGAUAUAGUAAACAAGUUCAGUAAUAAGAACAAAAUUACCAACUACUCGAAGUUAUACGACAAACUUCUUGUGGCUGUGAAAAAGAAUCACCCAUUCUUUCAGUCUUAG